GCGUAGUGGAGGACCCCGUGGGGAAGCCGUUGAGCAAUACCUUGGCCUGCUUCAGGCUAAAUGCAUUGAUGAGUACACAGAAAGACGCCAACAAUAGCCUUACUGAACCGCUCCACUACCAGCCCACUCUACAGAAACGGCUCCAUGUGCAACCUUGCGAUAUGAAGUUGUCUCGGGAGAAGGGAACGUCCAUCUGGGACAUGGGGGAUUAUCAGGGGCUCCCCGAAUCGGGACUCUAGCUAUAGGCCACGGGAUAUAAGACGGGUCGCCCUUGACUGUUACGGUCCCGGAUCCAGUCUUGCGCCUGUACAACAGCUUUCCCACGCUGGAUUACAGAGAGCUCGAAAAGUAUGGUCAAAUUUUCGCUUCUUGGCGCAGGCCUCCUCCUCUCAGGGGCGAUCGCAGCCCCUGCAGAGCAAGUCAGGGCGUACGGCCCCGAGCCCGAAGGCAACAAUCUCGAAGCGCGCCAGGGGGGCUACUACUUUCAGAACUGGUCAGAAGGGGGCAGCAACAUCCGGUGCGUCAACGGGGCCGGGGGCUUGUACACAGCGACGUGGAACAGCAAAGGCGGGUUCGUGUGUGGGAAGGGCUGGAGGGGCGGCGGUGCCAGAACAAUCCGAUACAGCGGCACGUACAACGCCACAGGACCAGGCUACCUGGCCGUGUACGGAUGGACGCGCAACCCCCUGAUCGAGUACUACAUCAUCGAGGCGCACGCGGACCUGUCGCCCAACGAGCCGUGGACGAGCAAGGGCAGCUUCUCGUUCGAGGAGGGCGAGUACGAGAUCUUCACCAGCACGCGCGUCAACAAGCCCUCCAUCGAGGGCACCCGCACCUUCCAGCAGUACUGGUCCGUCCGCAAAGAGCAGCGCGUCGGCGGCACCGUCACCACCAAGCGCCACUUUGACGAGUGGGCCAAGCUCGGCAUGCGUCUGGGCAGCCAUGAUUAUGUUGUUAUGGCCACUGAGGGGUACACGGCUACUGGUGGGCCUGGAAGUGCUGGGUCGAGCAGUAUCACCGUGUCUUAGGUGGUAAGCCGUGCUGAAGCCGGGAGGGUUGCGGCCUGGUGGGAUAGGGUGUUGUGGGCGAGGACACUGUUGGGGAGACAGAACGCUUUCGCUUUACCUAAGGUCCAUAUCAUUGCCGCCCUUCAUUUAUGUACUUCAGUUCCAUCCAUAGUCCGCCACCAUUCAUCAAAUGUACAUACCUCGUUCUUAGGUCAUGUCGCUUCAUCAUGAAGCCUUGGAAAAGGCGUGCCUGAAGAUGGUCUUCAAAGCUGUGAACACCUCCGAGCGCACUUUGCAGCUGAGAACCGUUGCACACAGAGUGCGACCGCCAAUGGAAA